CUGUAGCACUACUGCAGUUGGCAAUUGGCAUAAGCAGCGCUAAUAUAUUAUAACCUAACAAAAACAAUAUUAUUAAAUGAUUUAUUACCACUAAAAUUUGCUAUUGCCAUUGCAUAAAAUGUCUACUCGCUGGUAUCCAAUUUAUCAAAGGGGCAACCCACAACUUCGUGUAUUUUUACCAAAUUUUUGGAUGAAAUUAGUACAUCCACCUCCGCGACAACAACCAAAUAUUGUUCAUUUCCAAUGUUCUAUGGAAAUGACUAAACAUGAUAUAAAAAACUAUUUAGAGAAGAUAUACAAUGUACCUGUAGUACAUGUUAGAACAAAAAUUUCACUUGGGAAAUUCAGAAAGGAUACUGGCAAAGGUUAUGUAGUUAAGGAUGAUGAUAUAAAGACUGCAUUUGUAACUUUGCCUAAAACUACAACAUUUGAAUUUCCCAAUAUAUUUGAAAAAAAGAAAGGUGAUGUAGAGGAUGACUUGAAAUCCUUAGAAGAAACAAAGAAAACAUUCAAGAAAUAUAUAGAUCGCAACAGGGAUAGAAGUGAUAUACCUAGCUGGUUUUCCAUUUGAUUAUUAAAUGUAAUGUUGUACAUACCUAGUCUUAAUUAAAAUAAAAAUUGUUAUUAGUCAAUUGGAAUAUAUUAUUUUCAAAUACUAUAAUUUAUAAGAAUUAGGAUGUAAUACGAAAAACAUAAAAUAUUUGUUGCAUUUAUUCAACUAAGAACUUAACAUAAAGGUAAUUAAAUCUAUCCCUCGAUAUUGUAGAGAAGUCAUAGCUAUUUAAACUAUAAAAGCAUGUUUUUUUUAAUAAAAACCCACUUUUAUUGUGCUAUAUUUUGGCAGUCAAUGCCUUUUAUAAACAACUA